GCACAGGUUUUGAUAAAUCUCCCCCAGUGUGUGUAACAAACAGUCAGAGAGCAGACUUACAAUGUAUGGAGCAAUCUAUUCAUGUAAAUCUACCACUAUCCAUUUCAAAACAGGGGACAUUUGUGCAGCAAUGAAAGGGUCACAAUAAGGAGGGUCACGUGAGAGUGUAUUGAGAGGACAGACUGCUGAUGACAUCACAAGCAGGCAGUGAGAUUUCUUCCACUCUUUAGACUGAAGCCAAGGGAGCUUUGUAUUACAUUCCCCCACAGCUCAUAUGACAUGCAUACAUUUAGCAGCACUCUAUACAAAAUUCUUGGCCCCCACACAUCUAGGAGACAGAGAGUCGAGAUCACUGACAGACACAGAAGUUGCUUCAUUUUGUAAAGGAAGCUGAAAAGAGAUUACAACUUCUGAGUUACUAUGGACAGGAUGGAUGUGACCGAAGAAUUUGCUGGGAUUCAGCUACCAGGGCACCUUCACACCCCACAGUCCCUGCAGUACGCCCAGGAUUUCCAGUUCAGGGAAGGAGACGUGGUGAUUGUUACAUUCCCCAAAUCAGGAACCACGUGGAUGCAAGAGAUCUUGACCCUUAUUUACAGCAAAGGGGAUCCAGCUAUAGCUAAAUCUGUACCUAACUGGGUGCGAGCUCCAUGGUUGGAGCAUACAUACUUCAAGGAUACCCUAAAGGAUGAAGAAGGCCCAAGAAUCAUCACUACUCACCUUCCAAGUGACACUCUGGCUCCAGCUCUGCAAAAGUCUAAAGCAAAGGUUAUUUACAUAGUGAGGAAUCCUAAAGAUGUGGCCGUGUCCUUUUAUUAUUUUCACAAGAUGGCUAAAUUCCUGCCAGAGACUGGAUCCUUUCCUGAAUUCCUAGAAUGCUUCCUAGAAGGCAAAGAGUUUUCUGCAGACAAAAAAACACAGAAUAAAUUGUAUUAUGGUUCAUGGUUUGACCAUGUGAAAGGCUGGUACGGUCAAAAAAAGAACCUGGAUAUCAUUUAUUUGACUUAUGAAAAUAUGCAUAAGGACUUAAGAAGAUCAAUAAAGAAGGUGUGUGGCUUCCUUGGCUGUCCCAUGUACUCUGAGGAGGUGGAUAAGGUAGAACAACAUUGCAGGUUUUCUGUCAUGAGUCAGAAUGUAAUGGUCAACUACACACUUAUACCCACUGAGAUUCUCGAUCAUGAGAAGAGCAAGUUCAUGAGGAAAGGGGUAGUCGGAGAUUGGAAAAACCACCUGACAGAGGAGCAGAAUGAAAACUUUAAUAGGAUUUAUAAAGAAAAGAUGUCGGAUUGUGAUCUCCAAAUUGACUGGAGUUUAAACUGAUCGACGAAUGAUUAAAACCAAGGGCUUAAAACAUAUGUAAUUUUUAAUGCAGAUAGCAAUAGCUGCCAUUUCCAUUACAGAUGAUAGGGCUUGCAGUUGGUUAGUAAUAGGGGAGGACAAGCAGAUGGGACAUUGCUUUAGUCAGGAGGGAAAGGGAAAGAUAUGCAAAGUAACUUUUAGGGGCACCAAAAUGCAACUUUGUAUGUCCUUCUUCUCAGCAUUCCCAGUGGAGUACGAAUCGCCUCUAUAUGACUCCACAAUAGAUUGUUGGUGGAUCCCGUAAAAUUUUAUAACAUCUGCUAAGAAUAUUCAAUAUAUCUAUUGAAAUAUAAGGAACAGAGUUGUAAUCCUACAUGCAAAGUGGGGACAGGUGUAGUGCUGUUUUUGUAAGAUGGCAACUAUGUUUUGCAAAUCCUAGAAACUCGCAGGUAAUGGCAGACAUCAGUGAUUGUGCUGAUGUCUGCCAUUAACCCCUCAGAUGCCAUGAUCAAUAUUGAUCACUGCAUCUGCGGCAAUGCGGCGGCUCUGUUUCCGGUGCAUAGCACUAACCGUAUUAGCCAUCUAACGAUUGCAAUAAACAGUCCCCUGUGGGGGCUAAAAAAGUGUGAAAAAAUUUAAAAAGUGAAUAAGUCCCUCACCCAAUAAAAAUAAAAUCCCCCUCUUUUUUAAUUUUACAAAAAAAAAAAAAAAAGUAAAAAAUAAAAAUAAAUCAACAUACUUGGUAUCACUGUAUGCAGAAAUGACCAAUCUAUUGUUGUCAAUUAUCCCGUACGGUGAAUGGUGUAAACAUAGAAAACUACUUAAGUCCGAAAAUACAGAUUUUUUUUUUAUUACAUCAUACUGUAUAUCAGAAAAAUAAAUUAAUAAAAAGCAAUUAAAAAGAACUAUCAAAACAAAAAUGCUAACAAUAAAAACUACAGAUCAUGGUGCAAAAAAUGAGUCCUCAUACAUCCCCAUAUAUGGAUAAAUAAAGAAGUUAUUGGGGUCAUAAGAGGACAAUUUUGAAUAUAUUGAUUUUGUUUAAUAAAGUUUGACUUCUUAUUAAAGUAGUACAAUAAUAGAAAAACUAUAUAAAUUGGGUAUCUUUUUUUUUGCAUUGACUUAC